CAAAUCGCACCGGAAGUGAAGUUCCCAGCUCUUUCUAACCUGGAUCGAGGUGGCGUCUCGUCGCUCCGGUUCUCUCUCUGUGUUCCUGAGAAAGUGCGUGUGAGCUGCAGCUCUACUGAUCCAUCAUCUCUGUGUUUGGAUAAACCUCUGAAUGGACUCUGUGCUCUUUUUUCUCGAGCGUUUACCUCGGACUAUAGGAGCUAGCUUAGCAUGCUAGCUGGAAACACGUUAGCAACGCUAGUCAGAUUGAGAGUUUGACGGAGAGAGAAACGGUGUGUUUAACGGAGUCUGCAGGGAAAGGUGAUCUAGUAAACAUGAGUAAAGUCCAAAUGCUGCUAUCGUUGAAGAAGCAGCGACUCACUGCUGACGAGAUAUUUGCUCUGUUUGAAAAAACGAUAGCAGAGCUCGAAGAGGAGCUGUUUCUUUCCAAAGAGGAGAACAAGAGACUCCAGAAGCUUCUGGACGAUGUUUUACAGCCUGAGCUUCGGAUACACAGAGCCGAUGUCCAGGUGGUGGUGGUGGUUAAAGAAGAGGUUCACCCUGACCAGCACGAAGGGAGCACCAGUCUGGACCAGGAGGACCCAGAGCCCCCCCCACACAUUAAGCAGGAACAGGAGGAACUCAGGAUCAGUGAAGAGCUGGAGGAGGCUGAUAUCACCAAGUCCACUUUCACUCCUGACCCUGUGAAGAGUGAAGAUGAUGAAGAGAAACCUCAGUCCUCUCAGCCUCAUCAAAGACAAACUGAACACAUGGAAACAGAAGCUGAUGGAGAUGACUGUCGAGGACCAGAACCAGCCAGGAACUCAGAUCCAGAGAGCAGUUUACAACCAAAGACUGAGGACCACACUGGAGACUCUUCUGAACCUGACACUGGAGACUCUUCUGAACCUGAAACUGAAGACUCUUCUAAACCUGACGCUGAACACAGUGCUGAAUGGAAGGAGACCAGAGAACCUGCAUCAGGCUCAAACUUACUGAAAAAUAGACAUGAAUCUGUCAGUGAUCCACGACAUAGUGCUGAAAAGAAACCAUUCAGCUGCUCAGUCUGUAAGAAAGCUUUUUCAAUGAAUGGAAAUUUAAAGAAACACAUGAGAAUCCACACAGGAGAGAAACCCUUUAGCUGCUCAGUUUGUACCAAAUCUUUUGCACAGAGUGGAAAUGUAAAGGAACACAUGAGAAUCCACACAGGAGAGAAAGCACACAGCUGCUCAGUCUGUAAGAAAGCUUUUUCAAAGAGUGGAACUUUAAAGGAACACAUGAGAGUCCACACAGGAGAGAAACCCUUUAGCUGCUCAGUUUGUACCAAAUCUUUUGCACAGAGUGGAAGUUUAAAGGAACACAUGAGAGUCCACACAGGAGAGAAACCACACAGCUGUACAGUCUGUAAGAAAGCUUUUUCACAGAGUGGACAUUUAAAUAAACACAUGAGAGUCCACACAGGAGAGGAAGAAUAGAGCUGCUAUGUUUGUGACAAAAGAUUGAAAUAGCAUAAUCGUUUCAAGACACAAGUAUGUUGGUCGUCAGCUGCUUCUGUAACUGUAAGGUAAUACAUUUGUCUAUUUUGUGCCCUGAUGACCUAAUGCCGUUACAUGUAAUACGUUACUCCCUAAGCCUGAUUUCACCCGCCUGCAACAGAUUCACUCAUAAUCACAAAUGUUCAUUUCUUUGACCACUUGACUCGACAACUUUCUUAUUUAAUAAUCGUUACAUCUGCUCAGGACCAAGUUCCCGUGUCCUGCCUUUCACCUGCUGAUCACCCACUGCUCAUUUAACCUGUUAAGCCCGAAGGUCCCCGCCGGCGAGGUACUUUAGUUUUUUUUUUCACGACACUGUGUCUCAG